AUGACCGACGCUCUUGCUGCUCAGCUGAACAACACAAAGCUAGGUGACAGUAGCACGGAUAACAAGUGGAAAGAACAAUUGAAAAUCCCGGCUAAGGAUACGAGAGUACAGACCGAAGAUGUUACCGCUACUAAGGGUCUGGAAUUCGAAGACUUCUAUAUUAAGAGAGACCUAAUGAUGGGAAUUUUUGAAGCUGGAUUUGAAAAGCCGUCUCCUAUCCAAGAGGAAACUAUCCCCGUCGCUCUCACAGGUCGUGACAUUCUUGCCAGAGCGAAGAACGGAACCGGAAAGACGGCUGCCUUUGUUAUUCCAACCCUAGAACGCACCAACCCGAAAAUAGCCAAAACCCAGGCCCUUAUACUAGUGCCUACCCGAGAGCUUGCGCUACAGACAUCACAGGUUUGCAAGACGCUUGGAAAGCAUCUUGGCAUAAAUGUCAUGGUCACAACUGGAGGAACCGGUCUACAGGACGAUAUUAUCCGACUUAACGACACGGUUCACAUCAUUGUUGGAACACCUGGCAGAAUUCUUGACCUUGCUAGCAAAGGCGUUGCUGAUCUAUCGGAAUGUACUACUUUUGUUAUGGACGAGGCGGACAAACUUCUUUCUCCCGAGUUCACUCCAGUUAUUGAACAACUCUUGACCUUUCACCCUAAAGACCGCCAAGUUAUGCUGUUUAGCGCCACUUUCCCGAUUAUCGUAAAGACUUUCAAGGUACGAUACACGUCCAUUUUCUUUAUCACUUGUGGCAAUCAACUAAUACUAAUACACAUAUUUCAGGACAAACACAUGCGAAAUCCUUAUGAAAUUAACCUCAUGGACGAGCUCACCCUCCGAGGCAUAACACAAUAUUAUGCAUUCGUCGAAGAGAGGCAAAAAGUCCAUUGCUUGAACACUCUUUUCUCGAAACUCCAAAUAAAUCAGUCCAUCAUAUUCUGCAAUUCGACAAACCGCGUUGAGCUUCUCGCUAAGAAAAUUACCGAACUUGGAUACUCCUGCUUCUACUCUCAUGCGCGCAUGCUGCAACAUAACCGAAACCGCGUGUUCCACGACUUCAGAAACGGCGUCUGUAGGAACCUCGUCUGUUCGGACCUGUUGACUCGUGGUAUCGAUAUCCAGGCUGUGAACGUGGUUAUCAACUUUGACUUCCCCAAGAAUGCCGAAACAUAUUUGCACAGAAUUGGUCGUUCCGGACGUUUUGGGCAUCUUGGCUUGGCGAUCAACCUGAUUAACUGGGACGAUCGAUACAACUUGUACAAGAUCGAACAGGAAUUGGGAACUGAGAUCCAGCCCAUCCCUCCGUCCAUCGAUAAGAAAUUAUAUGUUUACGAAACGCCAAAUACCAUUCCUCGCCCCAUCUCCAACAACCCCUCAGAGGAUCAAAAAGCAGCUGGCCAGGAAAACCAGCCUCGUCGACAAACCACCAACCCAUCCAAUGGCCAUGGACAGUACAGCUCCGGCCGCGGGCAUUACGGCCGCGGCUCGUAUCGUGGCAGUCGUGGCUCCGGCCAGCGCUCAAACAACCCUGACAGCUCUAGAGCAGCCGGAAACCCACAAGCCAACGCUGCCAAUUCAGGAACCCCUGGGUCCUAA